AUGACGACAGUGGAAUUUUCCGGGAUUGUCGACCUCCCUCCUCCCGCUCAACCCGAGGCCCCUUCUAUACCGAUUUCUGAACCAAUCAUAACAGGAAAUCAUCGCUUCUUCCCCCCGCCCCCUCCACGCACCAUCGUCAAAAGCUCACUUCCUCAAUUCUCUUCUGGGUGGACCGUGUUCCAAAAUCUGUAUUUCUCCAAUGGCACUUUCUUCAUCGUCAAAGAUCAGGACCAGGGUGGAUUCGGGGAAGGCUACUGGCCUGAACGCCGACUUAUCACCAGCACGGGUCUUCCAGGGCUGGCAGGGAAUGAAGCCGAGAGAGAGCCAGGGUUAAAAGAGAUGGAGGUCAUUGACAUCGAGGAAGCAAAGCGAAUAUGGGAAGAUCGCGUGUUUGAUGUAGGAGGCUUCUCGGUCCUCGUCAACGAUCCUACACAAUUCCUGCGUCACUAUUAUCACGUCGCUGCGGAGCUGUUUUUCGCUACUGAGCGCGUCAUUACCAACUUCGAUCCCAUGCCUGCGCCCGACGGUACCAUCAAUGCUCCUAAUCCAAAUCGAAUGAUCUUCAUUCACUGUGAUGAGGAAGGGUUCUCGGAUGGACCAGGAUUGGACCACUUCUUCCUCGCCGCACAAUUCCCCUCCAUGACCCCGCUGUUUCAGCCUUCCUGGGAAAGAAUGGCACAGCAAGUAGAAGCAUCGCGUCGUGUCUUCCGCUUCCCUGGAGCGCUCUUCGUUGACCGCUCAGCGGCCUUCCGAGGAGGACCUACCGGCUCCACAUCGCGCACUCCCGCGAGUCCGUGGCAGGCUGGUGGUGGAAGCUUCGGUACUGGAGGACUGGGGCGCAAUCAGUUCUGGUAUGAGUCCGCUCGCCGGAGAGUGCUGUCUUUCGCGGGCGUUUCAAAAGAUAUUCUCGAUAUCGGAUUGCGUGCGAUGGACCCACCUCUCGCAACCGGCAAGCCUGACCGUCCUGUCAUCACCUACAUUAGUCGGCAGCGGACUAGCAGAAAACUGCGGGAAGAAGAUCACGAGUCGCUGGUGGACGCAUUGCAGGAGAUGUGUCUAAGGCAUAACUGGGAGUUUCAGUUGAUGGUCGGAGAGACCAUGCCUCGAGACGAGCAACUACUCUGGGCUGCACGAACCACUGUCAUGGUCGGGGUCCACGGGAACGGUCUCACGCAUCAGCUCAUGAUGCCACCUCAUCCCCGGUCGGCCAUCCUGGAAAUGUAUCGACCACCAAACUUUGCCAAGGAUUACGAGUGGACUGCGGGCGUGCUGGGCCACGCCUAUUAUACUAUCCACAACGACACGUUCUGGACACCCCCAAAGCUUGCGGACAUCAAUUACGACGACUGGAACACGGACAAGGUCAAGUCGAUCCCAGUCUACGCGCCAAACGUGGUCGAGAUCAUUGAACAACAACUCUUGGGCGAGAACCAAGGUCCAAAACAUUGGCAGAGCUGGCGGGAGGACGUUGGGUAUUGA